UCGAAGGAGCUCUCGUUCGUUCGACGAGUAUCCCGGGGAAGCGACGACGAACCUGUCGCCUAGUCCCGUCAGUCACGGGGGAAAAAGAAGGGAAAGGUUCUCCAGGAGAAGAGCGAAAGAGAGUACGCGAGAAAUUGUUUCCCUCCCCUUUCCGGAAAUAGCGCGUGCGAUUCAAUCGCGAGAGAUGCUACAAUGCAACCGACACGCAUCGCGAGGAUAGCGUGGAACGGCGCAGCUGCCGCACGACGAUGGCGGCGUACAAAUUGUCAGGAAGAACACGUUCGGAUUCCUCGGUGAAAUAAGCAACCGCGGAUAUCGUAAGUGAUAAAGCCGCUUAUUCGGGCCGGCGCGGACUUGCUCAGACUUCCUGCAGACUCUUCACGGCGUUACCAUGGUAAAAUGAAACUCUUGUCGCACCUGUUGCACGACAGGUGUAUUUUUGACGGAUGCGCGCGCUCUCGACCGGCAUGUGAUACCCCGCUCUCUUGCGACUCGUGCCGUCGAAUCGCGACAAUCUGACAAUCCUGCCCGACAAAAAGGCGUUUCCAAUUUUACGCGUUUCGUUCCUAACUUGCCAAUCUUGUUCCUAUCGUUCGGAUCGCGCGAAGCGUUGUCGCCAGUCACCAUCUUGCUCGAAAAUCCUGGAACAACGCGAUCGAUCUACUGUCUCUCUCUACUGAUCGGAUUAAGUGCAAGUUGCGAGAUGAACGCAUGGCGAGACUGAACAAAUGAGUUCCAAGAUGGAUCUGCGUGUGCGAUGAAACGGGGAAAUUUAUCGCGAAUUGUGAGAGAUACUGAAGUGAGAGAGAAAAAAAGCGAGAGAACGGCAAAAUGACGGACCUGCUCAAUAUAAGCGAGAUACAGAAUAUCUGCCUGCUACCGGAAGACUUGGAUAUGCUGGAGGAUCCUCGAACGCCAACUUUGAGAAGGGUCAGUUACGGUAUCGUGUUGCCGGCCAUUUGUUGCCUCGGCAUCAUCGGAAAUAUCUUGAAUCUCGUCGUCCUCACGAGAAGAAAUAUGCGCGGCACUGCUUACAUCUACAUGAGAGGUUACUCCGCGGCGGCGCUCCUCGCAAUUCUUUUCUGCAUUCCUUUCGCGUUGCGGGUGCUCAUCCACAAGGAGACUGGGGGAUGGAACAGCUGGCUCCAGGCCUUCUACCAUGCUCACCUCGAGCUCUUUCUUGGGAACGGCUGCCUGGGGGUUGGAGUAAUGAUGCUUCUGGCAUUGACAGUGGAGCGUUACGUAAGCGUCUGUCAUCCCGGACACACGCGACCACUCUGCGGACCACCUCACCUAACAGUGGUGCUCAUCCCUUUGGUUACAUUUCUCGUUUAUCUGCCGAGCGUAUUUCGAGGUGAAAUUACGACCUGCCUGCUGGAACCCGGCGGUCCUCUAAUCUACCAGAGGAGAGACAAUCAGUCGUUUCUCGACUCGUGGUACUAUCAGGUGUACAAGGUGGUGUUAGAAGUUGUUUUUAAAGUGGCGCCAACGAUCCUCCUCGCCGGAUUCAAUCUGAGAAUAAUGAUAGUGUACAGAAGGUCCUGCGAGCGACGUCGGAGAAUGACCUUAUCGAGAACCGUCAGCAGCGACGAGGAUCCCAGAACUUUCGCCGAAGAACGGAGGCUCAUCCUGCUCUUAGGUAGCACCAGCAUCCUCUUCCUAGUCUGCGUCAGUCCUAUGGUUAUCUUGAACGUCACACUCAGCAAAACCAAUCUCAGCCAUUAUCCUUACCAGGUGUUCCGAGCGCUGGCCAAUCUGCUGGAAGUGAUCAAUUACUCGAUCACGUUUUACAUUUAUUGUCUCUUUUCCGAAGACUUUCGGAACACUCUAAUUCGUACCCUGCAAUGGCCGUGGGUCAAGAGCGACCAAAGCGGUAGGAACCUGCCCAUGAAACGUUCCCCGAUACCGAGACCAACGACAACCACGACGACCCCGCCAACCACCACAAUCGCGACCCCCGGACAUCUGGCUCGUGCCAGCGUUUAACACGGAUUUUUUGCCAUCGAUCCUGGCGUCAACCGCUCGGUCGCCAAGCGGUGGAACAAAAAGGACUCGAAUCUAGCGCGGGAGUCGCGGGACUGACGCACUGUAAAUGUCGGGACUGUUUGUGUGUGAAAGCAAAAAAAUCUGUAAAAUAGUCGGGUAUUCAAACAAUAUACAUAUGUGUACGCCGAUUAAGCACAAUUGCGUGGGACAUUCUCGUUUAGGUGUGCGAGCAUAAUGGUGAUAAUAGUAAACUAACGAAAAUUUCUUGCGGUGAUUAAACAGCUGUUUCUUUGACCGACGAAAUGAUUACGGCGAAAAGACAUUUUAUGCCGGACGCUUCCUACGAAUCUUCUUACGAGUCGAUCCACAAGAAAGUAUUCGAACUAUGGUUAUAUUCUCUGUGUACCGGUGAAGUCCGGAAAUAGUUGCAGAGUACCAGAAUGGCCACAUCUGCGAAACAUUCCUGCAUACUAACGCAGCUUAAAGCCGGGCGUGUCUACAUGAUUGCUGCUGUUAAAUUUGAACGUUUGACCAUUCCGGGAACGUCAAAUCGACCGACCUGAUUAAUAGCCGAUAUCCGAUUAUCUCUUACUGCGUUGAACGUUGAACGAUAUGCUCGUUCGGCGAUCGCGCGAAAGCGAGCGUGAAUACGUGAACGUUGAAAUACUCAACUUUGCGAAACAACGAUGAAAGUACAUAAAGACAAGAAAUUCUGUGUAAGCCAUCGGGUAAGCCCCACAGGACUUUUUCGUGCUUUAAAGUACAAGCUGGAAAAGUUUCUAACGUCGUCGACCAAGUUUGCGCGAAAGCGAGGGUUGUGCAAGAGCAGAAAGAAAGAUAAAGAGAGAGAGAGACGGAGAGGAAACGAAGUCGCCGCAAUGCGUCCGUGUGCAUUGCGACGCGAAGAAUUUAUCAGAAUUCGCGCGGAGACGCGGCUACAAGACUUGUGCAUCGAGUCGCGAGCGAUCGCCGUCGCAGUUGGAAAUUAAACGAGAGAGUGCUCGAGGAGCGCCGGGCGAGGCGAGACGAGAAGAAGAAGGACGAGAAAAGGAAAAAUCGAAAUGUGUCAAGUACCUGAUCGUACAAGGGAAUCUUUCCCACGAGAAUCCACCGGGAAUAACCGAGGCGAAAUCGAGGCGCAAGAGACUGCGUUAAUUCCGGGAUUGUCGGAAACGGAAGGACAAAAGGCGCGCCGAAGAAAGGUGUGCCGCAGCUUCUCCGAACACUUAAAAUAACGAAUAAUGUUGAGAAAUAUUUUAUGCGCGAUGAAUCAUCGUGAUUUAUUUCCGUGUGAGUGCUAUAUAAUUAAACGCUACCGAGCGCCGAUGAGAUUACAUACGUCUUCGUCUUCAUUGUGUUAUAUCGGCAUUAAUAUUUUAACAUCGCAAUAUAUCUUCGCCGUCGAUAAGCUACGUUCGAUUAGACCUAAGCAAUUUAUGUAUAGCGCUCGGUAACGCCGCCCUCGACCCCCCCGGGACGGGAAUUGAAUUUCACAACGAGGAGGAUAGCGUAUUGAAAGAACAAAAGAGCGUAUCGCGAUAUAUACGAGCGAGCAUACGAACCGCUGGCCUCGCCUUACGGAUCUAACGAAAGGACCGCAGGCUGAUGGCAACGAUAAUAAUAUUCCAUCGAACUCUCGCCGAAAUAAACCGCUACCUCCUGGUUGCAUCGCGUUUCGAAAAUAGAUGCCGCACUACGGAGAGAUAUUCUCUCCCCCGGGAAAUCGAUAAUUAAAUUCGUCGCAACGGAUCCGUCCGUCCGCGCUCGCGGUUCGAUGGUAAUAUUAUUUCGCUUAUUUGCAUACGUAAAUCCCAACAAAGUAUAUUUCGCGACGCGUAUCUCCCUUCCCGGACCGGGCGUCUCGUUCGGCAACUUUGGCGAAGUGCGCGUGAAGAAAUAAAUUCGGAGAAACGUCUAUUCUGUU